AUGAUGUACGCUGAGAUGGGCAAUUUAGAGACAGCUAUGGAGAUUGCUGCGCGUGGCGGCACACUUGAGUGUACCGCACUGCUCGUCCAACUACUACUUCAGUAUGACCGAGUCGAUCUCGCAAAUAAAUACCUGCAACAGAUGAGCCAAAUCGAUGACGACUCGUCACUGACCCAAGUAGCCACGGCCUGGGUUAACCUUGCUGUAGGCGGAGACAAAUAUCAGGACGCAUUCUACAUUUACAACGAAUUGGCCGCUAAAUACUCUCCCUCAAUCAUGCUUCUGACGGGUCAAGCCGCCUGUCUUAUCCAUCAGCACAAAUAUGGCGAGGCUGAAGAUCUCCUACAAGAUGCUCUGAACAAAGACAGCAACAAUGCCGAGGUUCUUGUGUGUAUGAUCACUGUGGCUCAGCAGACAGAGAAAUCCGACGAAGUGUCGUCUAGAUAUAUCAGCCAACUGCAGGAUAGUGCACCCAGCCAUCCCUUCGUCAAAUACCAUGCUGCAAAGGGAGAGCAGUUUGAUCGCGUAUCUGCGCAGUACUCAGUCUCCGCAUGA